AUGAGUGGGGUUGGGGUGCACCAUGGCCAGGUCCUAAUCUGGGUCGUUUGGAUUUUUGCAGCCAUGGGGUCUGUGACUGCAGCACCACAGAGGUAUACCAGGCUGGGAUGGGUCCAGGGGAAGCAAGUCACCGUGCUGGGAAACCCCGUACCUGUGAACGUGUUUCUUGGGAUCCCUUUUGCCGCACCUCCUCUUGGAUCGCUGCGAUUCGCUAGUCCGCAGCCUGCAGUGCCCUGGAAUGACCUCCGAGAGGCCACGACCUAUCCUAUGUUGUGCUUCCAAAGCACAGAGUGGCUCAUCACGUAUCAAAAAAUGCUCAGGGUGCAUUACCCUAAUUUCACAGUGUCAGAAGACUGCCUAUACCUCAACAUCUAUGCACCAGCCCACGCUGAUAAUGGCUCCAGUCUCUCGGUCAUGGUGUGGAUCCCAGGGGGUGGCUUCGAGACCGGUUCAGCCUCCAUCUUUGAUGGGUCUGCCCUGGCUGCCUAUGAGGACGUGUUGGUUGUGACCAUCCAGUACCGGCUAGGAAUAUUUGGCUUCUUUAGCACACAGGACCAGUAUGCCCCAGGAAACUGGGCCUUCAAGGACCAGCUGGCUGCCUUAUUGUGGGUGAAGGAAAACAUCAAGUUCUUUGGUGGGAACCCUGACUCUGUGACCCUCUUUGGUGGGUCAGCGGGAGCCAUAAGCGUUUCUAGUCUUGUUCUGUCUCCGUUGAGCAAGGGCUUAUUCCACAGAACUAUCAUGCAGAGUGGAGUGGCAAUCAUCCCCAGCUUGAAGAGCCUUGAUAAGGAUCUGAAACAUGAUUUGCAGGUGGUUGCCAGUGACUGUGGUAGUGAUCCAUCAGACUUCCAGGCCCUGCUGAAGUGCCUAAGGAAAAAGUCCUCCAAGAAGUUGCUGAGCCUUGGCCAGGAAACAAAGUCAUUUACUCCAGUGGUUGAUGGUUUUUUCUUUCCCGAUGAGCCUCUAGAACUAUUGUCUCAAAAGACAUUUGAAGCUGUUCCUUCUAUCAUCGGAGUCAAUAAUCAAGAAUGUGGCUACAUGCUGCCCAUGAUGGACACUCCUGAGAUCCUCCUCGGCUCCAAUGAGUCUGUUGCUCUUAACUUGAUACAUAUUUUAUUGCAUAUCCCUACCCAGUAUUUGCAUGUUGUGGCUAAAGAAUACUUCCAUGGCAUGCACUCCCUGACGGACAUCCAUGAUACUCUACUGGACUUGUUUAGAGAUGUGUUCUUUGUGGUUCCUGGACUGGUCACAGCUCAAUAUCACAGAGAUGCUGGUGGACCUGUCUACUUCUAUGAGUUUCAGCACCGGCCCCAGUGCUUUGAAAACACAAGACCAGCCUUUGUUAAGGCCGACCACUCAGAUGAAAUCCGCUUUGUCUUUGGAGGAGCUUUCCUGAACAGCAGCAUUGUCAUGUUUGAAGAAGCCACCGAGGAGGAGAAGUUGCUGAGCAGGAAGAUGAUGAAAUACUGGGCUAACUUUGCUCGGAGUGGGGAUCCUAAUGGGGAUGGCCUUCCUGUAUGGCCAGUCUAUGAUCAGAGUGAGAAGUACCUGAUGUUGGAUCUGAACAUCACCGUUGGACAGAAACUGAAAGAGCAGAGAGUAGAAUUUUGGACCGAUACCCUCCCAAUCAUGUCCACCUCUGAAGCUCUGCUCCGUCUUUUCCCCCACUUAAUCUUCUUUUCCCUGCCCUUGUCUUUCCUUUUCUCUGCUGCUCCUUAGAAGUCAUCUUUGUAUGGUGUUCAUUUUCCUCCUUCUAAGCUUCUCCCUCAACCAUUACCCUCAUUUUCAGUUUAGCUGCUUUCUGUGGGGGAUUUCUGUGGGUUAAUCAGCUUUAGCUGAUGUUUUUUUAUAGGCUUAGGGAUGAGCCUCAUGAAAUUCUUCUCAACAUCAAAAAAUUCAAUUUGUCUUGGAAGGUAAUGAGAUUUUCUCAGUGAGUCUAGAGA